AUGAGAAGGAAGGUAAUUAAUUCACCAGAUACUGUCGCGCAUUCACGCACGGAAUACAUACUUUCUUGCAUACGCGCUCAGAUUUUUGGUUGUUCUUGAGUUAUAACCUGUCUGUAACUUUUAGUUGAAAAGUUCUAAGUACCUGUUGUGUUAAUAUUAAUUGUUUGUGAUUUUUUCCUUCAUCCUGCAUUCAAGAGGAGGAAUGCCAAGUGACUGUCGAGACUGUUUGGGUAUUCGUUAUCGAAUUAAUUCCCUGCACCAGACCUGGAAGUGGCUGCAUCAGACCAUCGCUCUACACGAAUAUCUGAUCUCCCUCUCUUCGGCUGAUACUGACGCUUGUUGCUGUAUGCACUAGUGUAUUUGUGUGGACUAUUAGAACAGUUUUUCAAUCGUAACUUUAAGUAGUUUAACUAAUUGACGCUUAAUCAAAGUAGUUGUUAAGAGGUUCAUACAGAAAAGUCUCCGUUUUAUCCACUUACUUGAAAAUGGCACAAGCAA